AGUACACUCAAUCAGCAGAAAACAGCCUCGGGAGGUCUAAGAACAGAGAACAACUGAUCUAAAUUUGCUCCCGGUGGAGCUAUUCCCUAAACGGAGGCCGCGUUCCCGCGCUGGCCGGAUUCCUAUGCUGAUACGCUGGCGCAGGUAUUCCGGUGCUCUUGCCUCGCCAGUUUCGUGCCGUACUCUUCUACCCACUUAUCUUACUUGCUUAAGUAAUUUGUUUACUUAUUUUCCAAAUUAUUUAUAUAUCACAAAUACAGGAUUUUCACUACUUUCGAGUACUCGUACUUCACAUGUACAGCAUGGCGUUGAUUGCUACUAAUCAUGAGGCGUGGCAAAUUGUGACGUUUCUCCUACUCGAGUAAUGGUUGGAAAUUUGGAAAGAACUCCAAGAUACAGUACAUGGCCGAAUGCAGUUGGUGGUGACAAAGUACAGCAAGCUGUCUUUGCUCAGUUUGCUGAUUAGUUCGUGCGGAAAUCGAUGUUUAUUUAUCUACCUAAUCGAAAUCAGCAAGAGCCGAUUUUGGCAUUAUUUUUCUACUCAUAGUUACGGUAUUUGAUUACCAAUAGCAAGGCAACAUGUCCAUGUGUUACCGUGCUGAGACAACUGACAGCCACAAAGACGGACUGCGACCAUCGUUCUACAAGGAAGCGAAUUGGCUGCAAGAGCUUGAUGACCGCUUCUAUUACCCCGACUGUGAUGGAAAAUGGAUGUUCUUCUUCCCACGUUCUGCCAUCGACGACCGCUGGAAUGAAGCUGUGGGACUGUAUCGCGCAGGAAAGCUUGCAGGAGUAGCUUCGAUGCAAGUCAGCACAGCGUCGCCCAGUCCGCGUGCUGGUGACCAAGUGGACCACGUUAUCCUCUUCUUUUGCGGACCUUCUCAUCUUGAAGACCACGUGAAACGCAUCGGUGCUUCCAUUGCAACAGCUUUCCCGCCGGGGCACAGUGAAAUCCGCUACAAGUCCAAUUUCCAGACAUUCUCAGGAACACGUGCGACCGGACAACGGAUUAAUUCGCUGUACAGACUGAGAGGAUGUCCUACUCGUCCGAACGAGUCACGCGAAGAGUUUUACGACGCGGUCAAACCGGAGAAGACGGUAACUGAUACGAGCACUUAAUGGAUUUUUAUAAUAAACUGCAAAGCAUUUUGGGAUCUGCUGCUGUAUAAUGACUGCAGAUAUGUCGAUAAGGUCAUGUCCGCGACGUACUGCUGAAAGUGCGGCAUGGUUCAUGAACUUUCUUUUUACGUAUUGAACUGGAAUGUGCGUUGCCAAAAGGUUUUAUGUUUUUUAGUUUCAAAUCUCAUAUUAUUACAGGUUUAUUAAGCACAUAAUUAUGGCACUUUAUAAUUGAGAGUACAGGUAUUAUGUAUAUCAGAGAAUCGCAUAUAUCAUUAAAGUUAAUGGAGUUUUUC